AUGCAGCAGCAGCUAACAGAGAAAGACGAAGAAAUAAAACAACAAGAAAAAACAGCAAAUCUUCUCCUUAAACUUAGUGAACAAACCCUCAAGCGUCAACAUGAAGAAGAAUUGAAUGAAUUAGAGAAAGAAAAAGAAGCAGAAAAAGAAUUAUAUGAAUAUAAAUUAUCUUCCUUAAUAAAAAAGAACGAACAACAAAAGAAAACAUUUAAUCAAAGAUUAUCUAGGGAAGAAGAUCUAAAUACUAUUAAACAAUUACAACAAACCCUUAAUCAGACUAAAACAACCCUUGCGCAACGCGAAGAACAAAUUCGUAAUUUAAAAUUAGAAUUAAUUACCCAGUAA